AUGAGCGCUCACUCCUUCCUCAUGCUUGAGGUGGUCAGCAUUCAACAUGACGCCGCCGCCGAAGCCACACAAGCUUUGGGCGCGACCCAUGGUGACCAACCUGGCAGCGGCAACUCCUCGGCGUCCACCGGCACCAAGGAUGGCUCCUCUUCCUCCGGCGAGCCUCGCCGCGACAACCGCUCCAACAACAGCGGCAACUACUCCCGCUCCAACAACCGCGAUCACCGUCGCGGUCGAGGAAACGGCAACACCAACGGCAACGGUGGCGGCGGCGGCUCUCGCUCCAACAACUCCAACGCCUCCACAAAUCAGUCCGGCCAAUGGGCUGCCGGUCACAACCCUUGGCAGGGCAUGGUGCAGGCCUGGCCCAUGCCCUUCCGAGCCCCCGGCGCUGGCGUUCUGGGAUCCCAUCCACCGUUCCAGCCGCAUCAGGCGAUGACGGCAUACCACCAGCAAGCUCCUGCACCCGACGGCGUCUUCGACACCGGUGCUCUCUACGCGGCACUGCAAUCCGCCGGCGUUCCCCAUCAACCGACGAGCACAUCCGACUGGUACUUCGACACCGGCGCGACGUCGCAUAUGUCGUCCUCCCCUGACACGAGGUUGGACAAGGACGGUACAACCACCAAGAGAUGA